AAAUCCACAUUUGCAGAGGUAACAAGGCAGCCUGCCAUCCCAGCCUUCAUCAUGUUUCUUUAUUUGUCCCUGAAAUGGAUCCUAUUGAUGGUGUUUACAGCCUUAACAUCAAGUGCUGGGAGUCUAGUACAAGGAAGACUGGGCCAGAACAUCACCAUGCCCUGCCAGUAUUCUGUUGAGAAACAUGGGACCACAAGCGUAUGUUGGGGGAAAGGGCCUUGUCCAGUAUUUAGAUGUUCUGGUGAAAUAGUCUGGAUUGAUGAGCAGCAGAAGAUAUAUGGGCAAUCCAGCAAGUACCAUCUCCUGGGAAAUGUUUCUCAAGGGGAUAUAUCCCUGACCAUUGUGAAUGUCAAGGAUGAAGAUGCGGGGGCUUAUUGUUGCCGUGUGGAGAUUCCAGGUCUGUUCAAUGAUCUCAAAACAGAUGUUAAACUUGUGCUUCAGAAAGGGCACUUGGGUAUGCCUUCAUCUGCAGUGCCAGUUCACCCAACUACUUCAGGCUUCACUGGAUCCCACUCUGUUGUAGAAAGAAAAUCAACAUCCAGCACAGAGUUUCUACCACAUAAUAUUUCUUUACAUAUUACCACAAUGGUAAAACAGCAAAGGAAGGAAGAAAAGUCUUGGACUGUUAUAUGUGCUAGUGCUGGAGCAAGUGCAGUAUUCUUAGUCACCGUGAUCCUGCUAUUCAAGUGCUAUCGACAAAAGAAGCAGAAGAUGAGGAACACUAUAAGCCAGACAGCUUUCUCAAGUCCAGAGGCUGGAGGGACUCCACAUGUCUCAGAAGCUAGUGUCCAUGCAGUGGAAAACAUUUAUGAAUUGAGCUGAAGAAUAAUAGGCCUUGGCCAUGGCUGCAUGGACAACGAAGGGAAGAGGUGAUCAUUAGCCUUCUGCAAAUAGCAAAGAGAAAGAAACAACAGGCAGAGGGAGAUUCCAAAGCAGUGGUGGACGUCACCUGUUUCUCUAAGUAUGAGAUGGCGCCACUAGAACGCACCGCAGUGCCUGUGCCUGCCCUUGUACCCAGGUGUGUGUUUCCUUCCAGGAGGUACAGACCGGAAGUGCAAGGUGGAUUUAGUGCUGCAGGAAUUAGGGCCUCAUGCCGUUAAAGAGACAAGCCACAGCCAGCUACUGCCUGUAUUGCUUCUUGCCUGGGUGUACUUGUGGCCUGUAGAGGCACAGAUAUAUCAUCAACAUAGCUCUUUUCUGAUAUUGUGUAUAUUACACAAAUGAAAUUCUUUCCAGAAAAAAUAAUGCAGCCAUUAGCCAUGUAGUUGCUCCUUCCUUAUGGAAUGUAUCACUGGAUGGAGGGCUAGAGCCCAGUAAUUAUACUGGUUGGUAUCCUUUUCUUCCUCAGUAUUCUGCUAGGACACAGAAGGGUGGGAAUACAAUCCCGGACGCAGCUGACAUUCUUGGGCGAAUGGGGUGGCAUAAAAAUGUUUUAAUAAAUAAAUAAUAAAUACUGGAACCAUAAAUUGCUACCGGAACCAUAAAUUUACUACUUAGCGUAUAAGAGAAUUUUAGCAUCAGAAAGUCCCAGGUAGGAAAUACAAUCUGGGGCAAGAUACAUGAUCAAAGUACAGACGUGCACAGACAGUUCAUAGUAUUUGCCACUACAAUUCAUGUGAAAGGAUUAGCAAGUACAGAAUGUCCUGACACAAUUUGUCAGAAAAGGUAAGGCAAUUUUUAGAUUUAACAUUGAGAGGUUUUACCGUGGAAUUCACUGAAACCAUUC